UAACACGUUACCAGAACUCCAUCCUGCACUUGCAAGCAAAAGGGUGGGUGGCCCAAAGUAGCGUGGUAAAGAUCAAAAGCCUUAUUAUAACAACCUUAUUUAACUCCUCUGACAUUCACAGUAUGCGCAGCUCUGGGUUUGCCAGCUGGCAGGCACUGUAGUAGAACAGAGACAAGAAAAGAAACAGUGGUAGUCUUGGCUGCGUAUUUGGAGCACAGGAUGUGAAAUGACAGCUCAGCUCUGACAGCCGUGUCCUCAUUCCCAAGAAGAAGCUUCUAAUUUGGCCCGUUAACACUAAGCAGCCAGCAGAAUGGCAGUUUAUCGUGCGAUUAACGUUAAUAAAGAUGAUAACCAGGUUAUCUGGCUGUCCCAGUGGACGAAUCCAAGUCAGGAAAACUCAGACAACUCGUCACCAGUCACGGACAAACCCUGUAACCUGACUUGGUCAGAAACCCUAGCGGAGGAUUAUGUGACUGUAAGCGUGGCUGUGCUUUCCCAACGCAAAGCACUUGGCAGCAGUACUGAUUUAAGGAUCCUCUGAAUAUUACCGGAAUGUGACAGCGGUGCAAAAUGUACUUUUUCAACAGCUCAGUUGCAGACAUCUAAUCAGAACAUUUCCUGGAAAGGCUUCGACAUGGCUCUGUCUGGGAACGAGAUAGAAAGAUGGGCUCAUGGGCAAGGCGGCCGAAUUGGAGAGCUGGUGGAGCCCGCGGCCUCCCCUGACAGCAGCCGUGUGUCUCCAGUGACGUCCCUUGGCAGCACGGAGCAGCUCCUGCACCUCCCUGGCAGGGCAGACUCUGCUUACAGCUCUUUCUCAGGGGGAUCAAACGUCCCGGAGUAUCCCACCCCAUCGUGCUACGGCGAGCACUGCUCUUUGCCUCCCGAGCAGGUACCGUACAUGGACUCAGAGUACGUGAGGGGGAUUUAUAACCUCAGUGCAGCAAACGCUGAUCUCAGGUGGCUGCCUCCGCACAAGGCACCAGACCCGGGCACCCGGGGCAUCUCUCCCAGCGCUGGGCUCGCGGGGGGCUGUGGAAGCACUCCUUCCCCCGGGGCUCCCAGCCAGGGACCGCCACCCUCUCCUCCCGUGCGACUCGACAGCUUCAGGGUCGCCAGGCACCUUGAAAACACGAGAAGGAGGCGUAGCUCUGGAAGCCCCAGCGAGGGCAGUGCGCAGCCAGCUCACGUGGACGUGUCGUGGAGCCAGAACAGGGCUGAAAUCCCUGAGCCUGAGGCAGCCGGGAGAAAGCCUGUGCAACACAAAGGUUGGUGGUCUGCUGGUUCUGCAGAGGGGGGGUCUGAAUCAAAAGGUCUGGGGCUAAGGACAGCAGAAAAUGCAGAGAGGAGCCCAGCCCAAAAACCUGUGAAGAGGAGUAAUGCCCAUGUUUUCAGCAGGCCAUCUUCGUUCAUUUUUCAGGAAUAUUUAAGGACUGACUCUGUGGCUAACGUCUCGAAAAUGUUUUCUGCUUACAAUUCAGCUCAUGCUCAUAAAAUUCCUGACGAGACGAGCUCCAAGCCCUAUCCUCCGGGGCAUGCCAACCCUCGCACUGUUAAUGAUACACAGGAAGACAAACAGCAUCCCUGCAGCGUGCGCAGGCCAGCUUUCAGAGAAACAGAUCCGCGAGGCGUGGUGCCAGAGCCCAGCCGGUGGAAAGGGUCCUUGCUCUGCGCCCAGUGCCCGCUCCGUGCCGAGCUGGACUGGGAUGUGUUUGAGGACAUUUGUGACUUAGAAUAUAUGGAGCAUGCUCCUCUAACUAAAAAUGCAUCCGGGAAGCUGGGCAGUUGUAGAGAUGGAAAGCAGUGCUAUAACUCCAAAGGAGAGCUCGGGAGUGGUGCUGGGGAACCGCUGCUGAGUCCCCAAGCCAAAACACAGAAAGCGUCGGUGUCCUGCAGCUCCCGUGCUGACCACACAGAUGAUGCCGACCACACAGCUUUGCUCAGACCAAAGGAGGAUUCCGCAUCACAACUUUUAAAUGAAGUCAGGAAAGAAAAACAAGCCAGUAACAGUGAUCCUGAGCUUAGCAUGCAUCUGGAGCAAGAGGAGGCUCCUGCUCCCUAUCAGAAAUACCAACCUGGACUUCAAAAACAGCUCUCGAGAGAGCUGCGGGACGAUCUUGCUGGUGAACAAAUAAGCAGGCAGACGACUCCCAUGCUUUACUACCUUGCUGGGGGAAAAGCCACCAACAUCCUGCACCACCACAAGCUCGCCCAAUGUCAAGAGGGCUCAAGGAGCUCGCCAGAGGAAUUUCCAACAAGCAGCCAGGCUGCCUCGGUGAGGAGCGGAGAGAUACAGAGGGAAAGCAGCCAGCUCCAGCCAGCCAGCCUGCACCACCGGUGUGCUGAUGACGGUCUGAAUGAGGCUGAAGAUCUCGUUCUCGGGAGUCCUGCUUCAUCCAUGGAUGAGAGUUUCAAGAAUGACUACAGAGAGAAACUUAAAGUGGCCCAGAAAAAGGUUCUGAGAGAAACCUCCUUUAAAAGAAAAGACUUGCAGAUGAGUUUGCCUGUUAGGCUGAGACAGAAGCCCUCCAAGAGGCCUUCAAUCGAACACCUGAGAUCUUUCUCAUUAUCCGGGGCAAAUGAGGAAGCCAAACUCGCUCCUUGUUCCCCUCCUCCUCUGGAACCCUUAGAAAGGUUCAACAGAGAUAGAGAAAUAGAGAGGCCACAAAGGGGUCAAACAGGGGGAAGGAAAAGGGAAACAAAAGAGGAAAAGAAACUCUGUUAUUCUGAGCCCGAGAAACUCGAUCAGCUCGCAGACAAGGAAGCCCCGUGGAACCAGGCCAGGGGUGAAAGGACUGAGCCGGGCACAGAGGCAGCCAGGAGAAAGACCCUGGAAAACAGAGGGAGGGCACUGUCCAGCUCCAGCAUCUCCCGGACAGAGCUGAAACAAAUCCAGCACACCGCGCUGGUUGAAUACAUGGAACGAAAGAUUAGCCAAAGACCAGGAGGCACACAGCACGUCCCGCUGCAUAAACCACCCCUGCAGAAGAGGCCCUCGCUUCCCAAGUGGCCUCCUUCCAACCCCAACGGGAGCAGGAAGAUGCAAAGCGCUGAGGUUUUCUGCCAAGCUUCCUCUGAAGAACCACCACCAGAUGUUUUCUCUCCUUCGGCACUCGUCCUCCCCCCGAGCGUGGCCGGCAGAUGUGGCCCCAGCUCUGCCACUGCUGGGUCGGUGCCCUCGGAGCCCAGCCCGUGUCCUGCAGCCGGUGGGAGCCGUGGCUCUGAGCAGGCACCAGCCGAAAGCCUCCCCGGGGCUGGAGCUCCUGCUGCUGCCCCGGCUGCUGAGAGACCCGAGUCAACGCCUCCUGCUGCACAGGACGCGGACAGAGGUGCCAGCAGUGCCAGCGGGGCCGUGUCACCACCUCAGCCUCGUGAGAGCUGCCUCGGAAUCCCCAGCUUCCACGAUCCUGUGGGAGGUGGGUGCCAGAAUCGCGAACAAGACAAUGACAUAAGUGGACGGUCUCAUCAGGACGCCGAGGAACUAGCUCCUGAAACCUCUAUUCCCAGCCCGAGAAGCGGCAGCAAGGAAGAUGCCCAAGUGGAGAAGGAAUGCCGAGCCGGAUCUCCGACUGGCAGUGCUUUAACGGAGCGCCCAGAGCAGCAGCUAAAGGCAAGCGAUGCUGCAGUGCCUCAGGAGAAAGGAACGUGCUGCCACACGGUGCUGGCUGAGUCUGACCAAGGAGACAAAAAUGAACCCAGAGGUUUAUUUGCAAAGGAAGCAGCUGUGCUCGACAGCCCAGAGGAUGUUCUGCAGGAGAGAGAGACAAAUCCGUCCAAAAGGAGACUGGGGUCUGCUGAGGACCAGCGAUACCAAGAACUUGCGAUGGAGAUUGUUGCCAAAGACAGUUCUCUGGUUGAUAUUCUCAUGCCUUAUCCAGUGAGAAAAACUGCUCUGGACCUGAUGGAGGGUCUUUUUCCUGCUGACGUUUCCAUGCUGGAUAAAUCACACAGAAGAAAGGCAGAUGGGCAGCAAGCACAGCGGAAUGACAGGAAAAGCAAUGGAGAUGCGCCAGAAGAAUGUUCUGAACCUGAACUCAAUGCCAAGCAAAGGAGUGACAGCCCCAUUUGUAAGGGAAACCAGACCCCGAACCCGAGCGGAGGUGACACAAAGGACCUGGAUGACAUCACGUGUAAGAAACUGGAACUCGUCUCCAGCCUGCGCUCCAAGCUGCAGGCGCUGUGGGAGGACAGGGAGCUGGUCCUCUCGGAAGCCAGCGAGUGCGCCGCGCGUGGCAAGGAGCUGGAGGCCACGGUGCACGACGUCUGCAAGCCCAACGAGUUCGAGCGCUACCUGAUGUUCAUCGGGGACCUGGAGAAGGUGGUGAGCCUGCUGCUCUGCCUGUCCAGCCGCCUCGCCCGCGUCCAGAACGCCAUGAGGAAGAUCGACAGCAAUACAGAUGCCGAGGAGAAGCAAUCGCUGAACGAGCGGCACAAGCUCCUGUCCAGGCAGCGGGAAGAUGCAAAAGACCUGAAGGAGAACCUGGACCGCAGGGGCAGAGUGGUCUCCGGCAUCCUUGCCAAAUACCUGACGGAGCAGCAGCUGCAGGACUACAGGCGCUUUGUGCAGGAGAAGACCUCCUUGCUGAUCGAACAGAAGGACCUCGAAGAGCAGAUCAAAUUUUUCGAGGAACAGUUAGAAAAUCUCGAGAAGAGCAUCCCCCUCUAAUACCCUAGCGGACCGUCCGUUUUUGUACCUGGUAAUUUGUGACGUUUUCCUGGGAAUCCGUGCACGCUGACCGCCCUGGGCUCCCGCUGCUGACCUGUCUGCUGCUGUUAGUGCCCCAGGACCGACAAGUGCUUCGAGGCUCGAGGCACACUCUGGACACGCUUCCCCCCUUGGAAGGCCAAGUGACAAAAUCCUGCGGUGUGUAGCAGGCUGCGUUUUGGAAAUGACUGCUAGGAUGUCUUAUUCCUCUAAAUGUGUCGUGUAUUUCCCCUUGUCCUCUGUCUGUCUGUUUCCAGAUUGACAUGACUGCAAUAAAAGAGCAGCACGAGUCUGCACCUCGUGGGUGGGCGAGUGCUUGAAGUGGAAAACCACGCGGGUGUGCAAAUCUGAACUGAGAUUGAACAAAACCGUAGGGAAUGCUACGCAUCGUUUCGGUGAAACUCCUGCACUUGUUCCUACUGCUUAUGUACGUGACACAGUAAAAAUGCAUUGCAGUGGAAGAAAACAGUCAUUUUCUUAGUAGUUGUCUUCCACAGGUACCUCCUGGCUCUGCGCAGCCCAGGUGGGCUGUCCAGUAGCAGGUCGUCUUAUGAGGGCAGAAAAAAAAUGCCAGUAGGUGUUGAAACCAUCUUAAAAGAACAUUUCUGGGAACGUUAAACUCUGAACUUACUCCUGCACGCUGUGUUUGCAAAGUCCUUGCUAUGCUUUUGAAGUGUUUAUUUUUCAAGCAACGCCUUUGGGGGCUGUUUUUAAGUAGCUUUCAAUUGUCAGCGUGCACAAGGAGUGCUGAGCGUGGGGAAAGCGCUCGGCUGCAGCAAGAGGUAGGUGGGAAGAGCGGAGGAAAUAAUUCGGUUUCAGUGAGGCUUUAUGUAAUUCCCUUGGCAAAAAUCUUUUAAACUAACGUUGUGUUUUGAGUCAAACCAGUGAUGUUGCUGUACUUAAAAUUUGAGUGAUUUUUUUUUAAGGUGUUCAGUGAGAGGAAUAUUCGGUGUGAGCUGCACACCUCGGUCGUGAAUGAGGCAACUACGAGUCUAACUCAAGUUUCUUCCUUGGUAAAACAGAUUUCCCCUGUUCCCUGAUGCUAGGCGUUACCAAGAAAUGUUUCACUAGCGGUGCCUCUGAGAUCUCCAGCUGCUCUCCCUCUGCCUUCAGAACGAACUGAGGUGGUGUUAGCUGCUUCAUGGGGCCCAACAAAUAAGGGUUGGCUCUGUGGCUGUGGGACUGAUGUACCCUGAACAGGGCUGCAGAGGUGACUUCAGAGGUACGUCUACCACGCUCACCAAGUGCAGUAAAUGUAUUUGCAGUAAAGGGUGCGAGGGGAUGGUUUAGACCAUAGUGGUUUUGUCCUGCUGGUCUGAGCAAAACGGAUUGUGCUGAAUGUUGGAUGUGCUGAUUUCCUGGACACAAAGAACUGCAGCGAGCAGUGCCCCAGCUGUGCAGCUGGAUGGCCAUUUGGCUUCAGUUUAGCUCAGCAGAAUAAAAAGUUUGAAGUCCCUCAGGUGGCUGAAGAAUGGGGCAAUGUGUCAGUGCCAGCUGACACCACUACAAAAUCCAGACUCUCCUAGACCCAUAAAAAUGUGUGGUUCCUCUCCUAGCUGAGGGUAACCAACUAGUCAGAAAUAAAUUGAAGCUGGUUACAUGCCUUGAGGUGCAGGUGUGGGUCUGCACCCUUUAGUUUCUCUUGGCUUUUUCCUGCUUGGUGUCAUGGAGAAGAUUUUUGCUGCUCCUACCACUCUGGCAUUCACAAGUAUGUUUCAAAGAGCAAAAAUUAAAAAUAACUUCUACUCCGUUUUGCAAAAAGUCACGGAUCUGUGCUCCUUGUUACUUUUUCUGAACUGUGAAUUUCAGGCAAAGUGAAAAUGAUGCAGCAACGAAAUCGAAACCUCUUUGCUGGCAAGCAGAAACACUUCCAAGGCACCAGCAGGUCCGGAUGUCAGGUGGGUCUCGAUUUUGAUGCUGAUCCUUUGUUAUUGAUUUGUUUCCAGUGGCCAAGCCCAAGGCAGCGGUGCCAGCUCAUGCUGGAGGGAAGUUGUGUGCAGUCCUGCUGGAACACCGACACGCUGAGAUGUGGGCUUGUAAAAUCACAGUCUGAUGGGCAAACACAAAUGAUGAUUUAACCUGAUCCCAUCUUAAACGCUUUGCAGAGCAUCCUUCCUAACGCAUAGGAGCAGCCCCAGGUACUUGUGCUAAUGGCCAAAGGCUGCAGUGGCUCAAAAUCAUGUCUGUUACCUGCGAGGGAGAACUUUUAUUGCCUAGAGCCAGAGGGAUGAGCAAAUACAGCAGGUGUGGGACAGAGCAAGUGGCCAGUGGAAGGAGAACAUCCUUUCUGCUCGUUUGGCAGCACCUUGGCAGCCACUGCAGGAAUUUUAGAGGUAGUGGCUCACUUAGGAUUUGGUUUAACACCCACUGCAACGUGUGGGAGUCGCUGCUGGAUAAGGAGCUGCUGUUUCAGCCUCUCAGGCACUAAAUUGAAAGGUUUUUAUUAUUUUUGUUUCUUUAAACCCUGGCCUCGUUCUCUUCACGGGGGCGUUAUGCUGUUGGACUUGUGCGUGCAGAGCUAAUUAAGGAAGGGAGGGGUGCAGGGGUUAAUGCAAAUGUGCUGCGGAAGAUGUAUCUGGUGCCUGUGAGAGCUGGGCUGAGUAAAUGGGAGGAUGUUCUCUCUGCUUUGGGGAUUCAUGGCAACCAUCUGAAUAAAAUUUUAAAAAUAAGCUCAGAGCAGCAUUGCAAAACUCAUCUUCUGCACCCUACGGGAGCCCACGGCUCCAUGGAAGGAUAGGCAGGCAGUGGGAAUCGUGUAGCCUCUGGGUUUAACAAAACGCACCCAAGAAGCAGCUCAUGCAUUUCCCUGUGAAACAGCAAAAGGCAUUAAGGGUUGUGUGAGAGAUUCUGAAAUGUCACAUGAGCCUCACAGCUGAGUCAUCUCAUAGAUAAAUCCACGGAGAGAAAGCACGGGCUGAGCCGUAGGCUUGGUUUGGAGAAAAAAGGCACUGCUGAAAUCGUGUGCAAGCAGCCAGGGGUCUUUGUGACAGCCUUCAGCACCCGGGACGAGCACAGGAGCAUCCCACAGCCCCUCAGCACGUAACCCCGUGUGAAGCACACCCUUGUGAUGUCCCUGCCUGGUGGCAGCUCCCGUUUUGGGGGUCCUGCUGGUUGCCCCCUCCUGCCCGUGGGGUCAAAAGCCCUCCCUGGCUGUUUUUUCUUGGUGGCAGCAGACAAACAUUUAGGCACUGCAGUCAGGGACAGAAGCUGAGCCCUGUACAAGGGCUGGAUGUGCUUGACGAUUUGCUUUGUCUUAUAAAUUAGUGAAAUA